UCGGGGUCUGGCCGGCUCGGCCGCCCGUUAGCGGAGGCCCGGCUGCGGCCCCGAGGCUGGUUUCCCCCCCGAUCGGCGAGGUCUGUCUGUAGUAAUUAGCUUUCGAGUCCCCCGGGCAGAGCGCGAGUUGCUCCCUCCCCGGCGGAGCCCUCUCGGCCUCGGCCUCGCCCUCCCCGGGGCCCCCGCUGCAGCGCGGGCACACAACAGACGCUCGGUGUGUAGUGAGUGAAUGAAUGAAUGCGCCUGUGCUGUCCUGGUCCCACCCCCAUCAGCCCCCGGGUUGAGAGCGCACAGCCCCCCUCCCCACCCGCACUGCACAGACCGGGGCAUCUGGACACCCGGCAGGGAUUUACGCGAUGCCCGCCGUCGACCUGCCUGUGCACUGGGUGCUGCUGGGGGGCCCGCCUCCAGCAAGACAGGCUCUCUGCCCGCGCGGAGCUUGCAGCCCUGAGCAAGGGAGCGCAUUCAGGGACUCUGAGUUAUGCAGUUUCCUGUAGCACAAAUAAUGCCAGAACUUCACGCCAGGGAAGGGGAGGGAGAGGCCCCUCCAUCCGGUGGCAUCCGAGCUGAGACCUGAAGACCUCAGUGAAGUGGGGUGUGGGCCGUGAGAGCUGGGAGGUUAGGAGGAAACUAAGGGACAGAGGAGCAGCCAAGGGCCCUCGUACUAACAGUGACGCUUUCGAGUCCAGGGCGAUAUCUGCACCACUUGGGUUCGUGGAGUCCUGUAAAGAGGUCCACAUGCUUCAUUCAGCUCACCUGUUUGGUUGCCAGUGGUUACUGAGCAUCUGUUCUGCACCAGGACUCGCGCGGAUGAACCGAGGCAUGAGCCCCCAGCCACGUGGCUGGGCCCAGUAGCACAUCGUGGGACGGGAGUGUGCGCCCACACAUGGUUUGGCCCCGCGGUGACCGGAGCAGCCUGGGCCACCACCAUGAUGAAGUUGUUGGUGGCCAAAGUCCUCUGCAUGGUGGGCGUGUUCUUCUUCAUGCUGCUUGGCUCCCUGCUCCCGGUGAAGAUCAUCGAGACGGAUUUUGAGAAGGCCCAUCGCUCAAAAAAGAUCCUCUCGCUCUGCAACACCUUCGGAGGCGGCGUCUUUCUGGCCACGUGCUUCAAUGCCCUCCUGCCCGCCGUGAGGGAAAAGCUCCAGAAGGUUCUGAGUCUCGGGCACAUCAGCACCGACUACCCGCUGGCCGAGACCAUCGUGAUGCUGGGCUUCUUCAUGACCGUCUUCCUGGAGCAGCUCAUCCUGACGUUCCGCAGGGAGAAGCCGUCCUUCAUCGACCUGGAGACCUUCAACGCCGGCUCGGACGCUGGCAGCGACUCGGAGUACGAGAGCCCCUUCAUGGGGGGCACGCGGGGCCAUGCACUCUACGCGGAGCCCCACCCCCACGCACACGGGCUCAGCGUCCAGGAGCUGUCGCGCUCCAGCCCGCUGAGGCUCCUCAGCCUGGUGUUUGCCCUGUCGGCGCACUCCAUCUUCGAGGGCCUGGCCCUGGGCCUGCAGGAGGACGGCGAGAAGGUGGUGAGCCUGUUCGUGGGGGUGGCCGUCCACGAGACGCUGGUGGCCGUGGCCCUGGGCAUCAGCAUGGCCAGGUGCUCCAUGGCCCUGAGGGACGCGGCCAAGCUGGCCGUCACCGUGAGCGCCAUGAUUCCCCUGGGCAUCGGCGUCGGCCUGGGCAUCGAGAGCGCACAGGGUGUGCCCAGUAGCGUGGCCUCGGUGCUGCUGCAGGGCCUGGCGGGCGGCACGUUCCUCUUCGUCACCUUCUUUGAGAUCCUGGCGAAGGAGCUGGAGGAGAACAGUGACCGUCUGCUCAAAGUCCUCUUCCUGGUGCUGGGUUACGCUGUCCUGGCCGGCAUGGUCUUCCUCAAGUGGUGAACUGCCCACCGCCCGCCCGCCGGACACAGGCGGUCCCCCAGCCCCCCCCCGUCCCCCAGGCGGGGGCGCUCAGGCCCCGGGCUUCCGCCUGUGCACGGAGGGGCUGCGCCCCAGAUCCUAUGCCCCGAGCCCGAGGCACCGCGACCACUUUUAAAAACACUGCUCUUAUAAUUACUUACCAAAGCUGUGUGGCCAUGUCGUCCUCUGGCAUUGGGAUCUGAGGACUCGCACAGGCGCUGGGGCCCGGGCACCCGGAGGGGGUCGGGCUGGGACCCUCCCCUCUCCUCCCCCGCACACUCCCACCGGUGUACAGGACAGGAAUAUGGCCUAUCUGAGCCGCUGAGCCCAGUCGGAGGCUUGAGACUUGCGUCCUCUGCUCCCAGCUGGCUCUGUUCCUAACAGAGGAGCCCGCCAGCCUGGAGCGUCUGACCAGGGAUCACAGGGCAGCUCUAACUCCUGCCACCUGACGCCGUGCCUCCUGGGAGACGGGCAGGGUCCUGGGCACCUCAGGACUCCCCUCCUCCCUGCCUUCCUGCGUGCCCCCUCCCACACACCCUUGGUGGGCCGGGUGAGCGUGUGGGUUCUUUAAGGGAACAGAGGCCCAUGGACCCGAGAGAUGCGCAGGUGGGGCCGGGGGCCAGCGUGGUUGGUUGGUUGUCAGUCCUGUCCCCGGAGUGAGACAGACUUCCGUGGGCUAUGGGGGCAGGGCCACACGCCAUUCACCUUGCCCGAUGCACAGACACAUAAAGCCAGCACCUGCCUCGGGUGAGUGUGGGGCUGGUGCCAACCCUGGGCGUCAGCUCCGUGGCAACCUGUUGUCGCAGAAGCCCAGAGCCGUGCCUCUGGGAACGGAGUCAGGGGUGACAGCCUUUCCCAGCGGAUUCCACGUGUCUGGCUUGAAGCCACCAGAGGUGCUACAGGAGGGAGGGCGGGCCCGUGGCCAGGCCGGGUGCUGGUGGCCUCAGCCUCGCAAGCUCCGUCACGGGCACUCGGGCCUCCUCACUUGGCCACUCAGCUGCAGGCACGCGGGCCCUGGAGCGCGCCUUCCCAGGACCCUGGAUCUCCACCCUGCGCCCCUCACGGCCAGCAGCCCUUCCCCCCCCCCCCCCCCCCCCCCCCCACCGCUCAGCAGAUUAAGCCCUGGCAAGCACAGGCCCCUUCUGCCCCGGGACGUGAACUGCCUGCCCAAGGGUUGGUGGGUGGGUGGGCGCGCCUGCGCCCCGGGGGCUGCCUGCUGCCACCGCUCAGCCCCUCCCAGCACAAGGCCCGAGGGGACACCUGUGCCAUGGCCCUGGCCCCCUUGAGUUUUGUCACAAGAGGUGGGGGGAGUGGGGAUGUGUGUCCGAGCCCCCCCACUUGUGCUCUGCCUGCCCCCACCUUGUCAUGUGAACUGUCCCGUUGCUAGAAACUUCUUUUCUUCUGGGGUCCCAUCUCUGAACCCCACACGGCCCGCCCUGUCCCUGUGCUGGGACGAUGACCGCCAUGGGGAUGGGGGCCUCCACCCUCCUUUCCACGGUGGCCUAAACCCAGUGUUGGCAGCCUCUGCUGCCACACUUCACCCCACCCCGGAACUGGAAGUUUCCACCCAUUUGGCCUUCUCCCCAGGGGCGGGGAGGCGGGUGUCUGUGGAGCCACCAGGUUCUGUAGCCCACCUUCACCUGGACCGAGGAAGUCUGCUCCGGGGUCUCAGCUUUGUAUCCCCCAUCACUGCCAAAAGCACACACACAGCAGGGUCUCCCCUCCUGCCAGCCAUCAGCUCCAUGGAGUGGCCCUGGGGACACCACAGCCUGACUGCCCACGUCCCCCCGCCGAACCCAUGGAGGUCCCAAGGCCAUGUUGUCCCCCUCACCCUGAGCCAGCUUCCUGACCAGCCAACCCGGGAAGGGCACCGUCGCGCCAGCCAGGAACCUUGGGGUGUGGAAAGACCCGGGUGCCCCUCUGUGGGCCCCAGGCCAGCCACCCUGGUCCCCAGCAUCCUAACCCUCUCCAUCUGCUGGGCCAUGGCCACUCCUGGCUGACCUGCCCUCCCUACCGUCCCACCAGCCCCAGCAAAGCUGCUUCAAGGACCCCGGAGCCCCGAGAAGUGUGAGGGGGCUAUGUUGCAAGAGCGGACACAGACUGCCACAGCAGCCCCCCAAGGCCACUCCCGGCCACCCCUCCUGUCUUCUGUGGUCAGCGGAGCCAGGAUCAGCCCUGGGACCUGCUUAUGGAAGCUGCCACGGUCGGCCAGCCGUGAGGGGUGACAGUGUCUUAGCUUUGGUCAGCUUUCCCCGCGUGGGGCGAGGAGCAGACCGUCCCCACGUCAAGGUGGGAAGAGUGGCUGUUGUGCCCUCUGACGGAGGCCCCGGAGAAGCAGCACUCACUCCUGAGCUUCCCUGGCCCCUGGUGGCCCUGUCCCCCCACCAGCUCUGACACAAGAGCACUGCCACUUGCUGACAGGAGCUUGUCUUGAACAAGACUGGAUUGCUCACCACCUGGCCCAGGAUCGGCCCCGCUACGAGACUGGACGUCAGCCGCAAAAGGCCAUCGCUAUGCAACUUUGUCAUAUCGAGGGAACGUCGGUGGAGAUUCCUGCCUCCUGGGGGUCUUUCUCAGUAAGGGGGUGACCCCCUAGGGCGCACCAGGCAGUGUCUGGGGACAUCUAUGUUUGCCACACGGGGGUGUCCUGGCACCCGGUGGGUGGGGCCGGGGUGCCACUCAGCCCCCGCAGUGCCCUGGACACCCCCGCAGAGGAUGCCCCCACUGGGCUGAAUGUCCUUGGUGCAGACAGGGAGAGGUGCUGCUUUGAGUCACGGGAAGCGAUGGUGAGUUGCGCGUAGAGGCCAGUUAGCCGUGAGAUCCUGUGUGCGUGUACGAAAGAGGGAGGCGCACACCUGCUGACAGACAGCGUAGCACACUCGGCCGGGACUGGAGGCUCUGUCGUCACGACGUGGACGUGAGUGCCCAGACCGCACACCCUGCUUGCUGUCGUAAAUAACCGCAGCCUCAGCUCAGAACACCGGGCACCAACCUUGUCUGCGUGGACUUGGCAGGGUCGGGGCCGCCCCCAGCCACCUGAUUGGCCCUGACCCGGCAGGUUCCUGGAUGGGCAGGAUUGGGGGGGGGGUGCCCUGGGCUGGGGGCGCCAUUCAGAGCUCUGCCAGGAGGGGAGUUACCUCCAACCGGGCUCCGGUCGUCGGCCAAGCCCACUGGAGCGUUUGCCUCCACCAGGAAGUCCCUGGCCCCACCCUCAGCCCUCUGAGGUCUGCCGUGCGUAGGGGCUCAUGGCACAGGCGACAGCUGGAUGGAGUCACCCAGAUUCCCCUCCCUCAUCUGGAGACAGGAGGAAAUUACGAGGCGGCACCCAGGCCUUGUGGAUUGAAUCAACCUUAAUAGCA